GCGAGAGACACUGUUGAGCUGUCAAUCAAAGCGAAAGUACAGAAGCCUAUAUAAACCCGCACACAAUCACAGCUUCAUCACCCGGACUGAUAUUUCCACUAAAUACAGCAAACUACGCUUUUUAUUAAAAAUGGGCGUCUUCUUCUCUAACCUUCUCUCGCGUCUCUUUGAGAAAAAAGCGAUGAGGUUGCUUAUGGUGGGUCUGGACGCAGCAGGGAAAACAACAGUCCUCUACAAACUCAAACUCGGCGAAGUUGUCACAACUAUUCCAACUCUAGGUUUUAAUGUUGAAACAGUUGAAUAUAGAAACAUCUCCUUCACCGUGUGGGACGUGGGCGGUCAGGAUGUUAUCAGACGCCUCUGGAGACAUUACUAUCAGAACACUAAGGGCCUGAUCUUUGUGGUGGACAGCAGUGAUCAUGACCGGAUUGAAACGGCAGCAGAGGAACUAAAGGCGAUGCUGGCGGAGGACGAGAUGAGAGACGCGGUUCUGUUAGUUCUUGCUAACAAGCAGGAUUUACCCAAAGCCAUGCCGGUGCACGAGCUGACAGACAGACUGGGUUUACACACACUGAGAGGACGACAGUGGUUCGUUCAGGACACAUGUGCGGUUCAAGGGUCAGGUUUAUAUGAAGGACUGGAUUGGCUCACGGAUCAACUGUCCAAACGAUAAAACACUUCAGCCUUCACACUACUUGAA